GGAUCAUUUCUCUCGACUGAAAUCUGCUGUUUGGACGUGUAGAAGCCUACUUAUUAAUUAAUGACGUGACUAUGACGUGAGGAUAAUACCUAAUGAGACCAUUUGGCUUGUGUGUUUUUUUUCUCCAGCAUAACUUUGACUUGAGCACAACUGACUGGGGUCUCCGGGAUUCAGCACCUUGGACAGCGACAGAGCGCGGACUCUCAUAGAGAGACCCGGGAAGAGCGCACAAAGCCCGGCCACCCGUCAGCAUCACUCCCCGGUCAGGAUAUGGUGCGCUCCUGCCACUCAUUCCCGAUGGGUCGCGAUGGGCUUUAGUUUGUCCAUUGCGUAAUAAGAGCCGAGAAAUGCCCUUGACAGCAGCAAUCUGCACAGAGUUGUAUUCAGCAUGACGGCGGCACAGGACACUGAGCGAGUAGGGGAAGACUCGGCGGCGAAACUUGCACAAGACUAAACCCCCUGCGUGUCUAACCAGAGUUAAAGUGUCUUUGCCCAAACAGACUUCUUGACACUACCAUGGGGAUACGGCACCUUUUGUUGCUGCUGAUAUACCUGGACCCGCUGAGUGUGCUGAGCGCCGCUACAGGCGGUAAAAAGCCCAAACAGCCGGCCAAGAAGGUUCCCAAAGCCACUGCGGUCCCCACGGUGGUCCCGCAGAAGACCCCGCAGCCGGCGCCCGCCAGCAACCACGACACCUGCCUUGGCUACUACGACGUGAGCGGACAGUAUGACAAAAUGUUCGAGUGCAACAACACGGACCACCGGUACUGCUGCGGGACGUGCUACCUGCGCUUCUGCUGCGAGUACAAGAAAGACCGGCUGGAUCAGAAAGCCUGCAGGAACUACCAAACACCAGUGUGGGUAGUGACGGCCGCCCCGUCGCCAAUCCCGACCGGUGAAACGUACGAUCCGAGCAUGGAUCAGACCAACACGGCGGUCUAUAUCACCUGUGGGAUCAUAGCCUUCAUCAUAGUGUUGGGAGUGUCGGCCAAAGUUGCGUACGACAAAGCUACAGAGCCGCCUCAGGAAAUGAAUAUACACAGGGCCCUCGCAGACAUCCUGAGGCAGCAGGGGCCCAUCCCAAUAUCGCAAUAUGACUGUGAGAAUUUUGCAGCGAUGAACGGCUCACCCAAAGACAACACACCGGUCAGAACCUCAUCCAAAAACCACUACACCCCUGUGCACACCUCCAAAUCCAACCACGGUCUCCAUUACGGAAAGGAGAGUGUCCGGAGCAGUGGGGGCACCGAACUUCACAACUUCAUCUCCUCUGGCUUUGUGACGUUGGGUCGAGGCCAUCCGAAAGGAGAAAAACAUUGGCCGGUCCGCUCCCAGAGUCACCAUGGUACCCAUCAGCACAACUAUAACCAUGUGGCUCUAGGUAGCCCCACACGCACACCUAAGAAUGCUCACCGAUCAUUGAGGCGUGAAAACAAUCGGAUAAGCGGCAUCCUGACCUCGCAGACGGAGCCCUACGACCUGUCUUUCUCACGCUCCUUCCAGAGCCUGUCACACCUGCCGCCCUCGUAUGAGGCGGCCGUCAAAGCCGACCUCAACCGAUUCUCAUCCCUGAAGAAACUCACAGAUAAAGACGUGGAAGACUACUACACUCGUAAGCGCCAUCUGCCCGACCUGGCAGCGAGAGGCACUCUUCCCUUGCAUGUUCUCAAAAUCAGUCAAGACCAGCACCGAGAACAGCAGCAGCUCCAGAGCCAGCCCCCGCAGUCCUCCAUCUCCCAGGCCCCUCCCCAGGCCCAGUCCUCUCAGCAGCAGUCUCAGCAAAGGCAGAGGCCCCGUCGCGUCCAGAGGGCCAUGUCCCAGGACCGCGUCCUGUCUCCGCAGAAAGCCCCGCAGCAGGAAUACAGCAUGUCUUCUAAUGGUAUGUCGCCGUACGGAGGCAGGAUCCUCUCAGACGAACAGCUCUUGUCCGCUGAACGCCUUCGAUCCCAGGAACGUCUUCUUCCACAGGACCGCCAUACUUCCCAAGAUCGCCUGUACUCCAAAGACCGCAUUUACUCCAAGGACCGACUCCUGUCGCAGGAACACCUCUACUCAAAAGAUCGCCACUACUCUCAAGACCGCCUGUAUUCACAAGAUCGCCUGUACUCACAAGACCGCCUCCUAUCCCAGGAUCCUCUGCUCUCGCCGGACAAGCUGAUGAUGUCACUAAAGCGUGGCAUGGUCAGCAGCAUCUCUGGCGGGUUUCGUGGCAGCGACUUGUCAAUGUCGCGCGCCAUCUCGCACACAGACGUGUUCAUACCAACCACGCCUCUUAUGGAUCGCUACAAGAUGACCAAAAUGCACUCCCAUCCCAGUGCCUCUAACAAUGGUGGCAGCGGGUCACAGGGAGCAGGAGGCACUGGGCACUCCAACACUUUAGCCAUGAACCAGACAGCAUCUAAGAGGCAGGCGUUUGCCUCCAGACGGACUCAUACUGUGGAACAGCUCCACUACGUCCCACAACAACACCACCAGCAGCAGCAACAACAGCCACAGCACUACCGCACAGGCAGCAAGACUGAGGUGACUGUGUAAUGGCAGCCGGGACUACCUGAACUGCACAGGAAGAAGCACUGCUGUGUGCCAUGGGGUGGGAUUGAUUGAGGUACAUGGGUACACUGGCCUUCUUUUAGAGUAGGAUGGUGGCGAUUCACUUUCUUUGACUGAGGUUCCUGCAAAGUCAGAGAUUCCAGGACCAAGAACAUCCACUAGCUUACUGUGAGAGACCGGAAAAACGUGCUACACUGUACACUGCAUACACAAGCCCAGCUAGAUCUGAAGCCAGAGAGGGUCGUGGAUGACGGAGGUGUGGUAUUAUCCAGCUAACUUGCCUAAUAUUAUUUCCACUGUCUUGAUUACCCUACUCAUCCACAGGCUACAGCCUCAUUCUGUGUAUGUUUUAGUGAGAAAACACUGAUUGUGUCCGUUCGAACCUUUAUCGGCCCCCUUUGUCCAACAAAUCUAUUCUGUGACCUUUUCUGGCAAAUCUCAAAGGGCUUUGCAUGGUUAAACACAUAGACCGAUUCCUCCGUGACUUCUGUUGUGCAACACAACACCACUACAGGUGAUGAACAAGGAUGAGCCUGUAAUAACUUUAUAAAUAUAUAAAUAAAUGAAUAAAAAACAACCAUUUGUACGCCCUGUCCUACUCAUAGCUCUAGAGAAUCUCAAUGAGAGAAAUCGAAAUGGAUGUUAUUAGCACUUCUAUCUGGUGCCUCUGACAGAUGUUCCAUUUCUACAAACGAAGUGGUUUUGUGGGUUACAAAGCACAAUCAAUAAAAAAAUAUUCUGUUCUGUUCUUCAUUUUGUUUUUGAGUUUGAAUAGUGAUGGCUAG